AUGUAUGAGGAUGACCUUGAAAUUUACCACCCAAAAGAUUUCGAGGCAGAAAAGAGAAGAAUUCGAGAGGAAGAGGCCAAAAGGCACACAGGUACGAGUGUUGAGACGUACUUUAAACGAUUUCAGUCGGAAUCUGGAGAAACAAACCGCGAUCGUAAAUUACAGCUCAGCGUAGAAGAAGCUUUUUCAAGAUCGAAAUUGUGGGACAUAAACAGCUCUGAAGCCAAGGUUUUACACCGACUAAUUGGAGAAAUGAUAGCAACGGACUGUCAGCCGUUCUCAAUAGUUGAAGACGUGGGCUUUAAACGUUUAAUGGGCCAUACAAAACCCAGGUACAAUAUCCCUAGUCGCAAAUAUUUUUCUGAAACUGUGAUUCCGUCAAUCUAUAAAUCUGUUCGAGAGAAAGUUCAAAUGAUCAUCCAGCAUGCAGAAAAUAUAAGUUUUACCAGCGAUAUAUGGACAAGUAUAAACAACACGCCGUUUCUAAGCAUUACUGCCCAUACGAUCGAUGAACAUUUUCAAGAUAACGUCAUUGUGCUACGCACAAUUCAUUUUCCGGAUUCUCACACUUCUGCAAAUAUCACAAAUAUUAUCUAUCAGGUAUUACAUGAAUUCCACAUUCCCAGCUAUAAAGUUCACGUGUUUGCGCGAGACAACGGAUCAAAUAUGGUGAGAGGUAUAGCGGACACGGGCUAUGAUGCUCUGCCUUGUUUCCUGCAUACGCUGCAACUAGUCCUUAAGGAUUCUAUUUUGGAGCAAGAUGUAAUUAAAGAAUUGCUUGAACAAUGCAAAAGAAUCGUUAGUCACUUCAGUCAUUCAGCGCUGGCUGCGGUCAAAUGA